AUGCGGUUUCUUUUCCAUGGCCGUGCCUUCCGCAUCCUCCGUGAAAGACGGAGGCUAAGCAGGACCCUCUUCCCAGCGCGGGGACGAACGCCUGUACAGCUUUUUCAGUGCCGGCUGCCCAGCCUCCCCGCAGGCACCGCGCUCCGGAGCCUGCAGCCUACGACGAGAGGCCACGCGUGGCAGCGGGACGUGUCAAAGGCGGCCGCAAGCUCGACGCUCGCCGCGCUGCGCAUCCUGCCGCGGUUCCGCGCAGGCGGGCCCGAGCUGCGGGCGGCGCGGGCAGGGACGCCUGACCCCGGAAAACACCGGGAAGCGCGGCCGCGCGGGGCGGCGGCGGAGCGGCGGCGGUCGGGGCGGAUGGACCAGGCGCUGCUGCUCGUCCGCAACGAGCUGCCCGCCCCGGGCCUGAACCUCGCCGCCCGCUCCGGCUCCUGCCACCAGUGCUUGUAUCAGUUCCUGGCGUUUGUCCCACCAAGCAACGAGAGCCUGAAAAAACCAGGCACGGCGUCGGUAAUGGUUGAUACGCAGCAUCCACUCACCCUGCUGCUCAACAGCUCUGUGGGUGACAGAGACCUCUGCAAGGUUCAGUAUCAUUUUGGAGAGUUUGGCAAUUAUUCCCUUGUGGUAAAGACCCUAAGUACAAGCACCCAAACUGUUUCUUGUGACCUAGUCAUCAAUGAAGGCCCUAUCAACAGCUACCUCCCUAUUCUCUUUGCUUUCCUGGUUUACAUGGGGAUCCUUGCUCUCCUGAUUGCUGGGCGCCUUCUAAUGAAAAUUGAUCCAGUCAGAAACUGGGUUUACAAGAAACUGAAUCCCAGAGCAACUGAUCGUAUGAUUAACUCCGAGCUCGGAUCCCCGAACACAGCGGAGUCCAUGAACUGUGAUCCUGCCCCGCAGUCGUGGAGCACGGGCUCUCGGCAGCGCCUGCGUUCCCUUGACACCUUCCGAGGGCUCUCUCUUGUAAUUAUGGUGUUUGUUAACUAUGGAGGAGGAAAAUACUGGUUCUUCAAACACGAGAGCUGGAAUGGAUUAACAGUGGCAGAUCUGGUGUUUCCAUGGUUUGUGUUCAUCAUGGGGACAUCAAUAGCAUUGGCACUGGGCUCCAUGCUGAGGUGGGGAAGUUCCAAGUGGAAGGUGCUUAGAAAAAUCAUCUGGAGGAGUUUUGUGCUAAUCCUGCUGGGAAUCAUAGUUGUGAAUCCCAAUUACUGCCUUGGACCUUUGUCCUGGGAUAAUCUGCGUAUUCCAGGGGUGCUCCAGAGGCUGGGAUUCACAUACCUGGUGGUUGCUGCUCUUGAACUCCUGUUUACAAGAGCUGAUAGUGGGACCUGGGAAGGACGAUUCCCCGCUCUGCAGGAUAUUCUCCCCUACUGGCCACAGUGGAUUUUUAUUCUGGUGUUAGAAACAAUUUGGCUCUGCCUGACCUUCUUGUUACCAGUGCCAGAUUGUCCCAGGGGCUACCUUGGUCCUGGGGGCAUUGGGGACUUUGGAAAGUAUCCCAACUGCACUGGAGGAGCAGCUGGUUACAUUGACCGUUUGCUUCUUGGAGAAAAGCAUAUGUAUCAGCAUCCCUCCUCAGGUGUAAUUUACCAAUCAACGAUGCCAUAUGAUCCUGAAGGGAUCCUGGGGACCAUAAAUAGCAUUGUUAUGGCAUUUUUGGGACUGCAGGCAGGAAAAAUUACUUUGUUCUACAAAGAUCAGCCCAAACAAAUUAUGAGUCGGUUCAUCAUAUGGGGCAUAGUACUGGGAGUUAUUUCUGCUAUCUUGACAAAAUGUUCUAAGGAAGAAGGGUUUAUUCCCAUAAACAAGAACUUAUGGUCAAUAUCAUAUGUGACAACCAUGAGCUGCUUUGCCUUCAUCCUCUUAUUCCUGAUAUAUUACCUUGUGGAUGUCAAGAAAUGGUGGUCAGGUGCUCCAUUUUUAUACCCAGGAAUGAACUCAAUCCUGGUAUACAUUGGACACCAAGUGUUUGCAAACUACUUCCCUUUUAAGUGGAAGAUGCAAGAUAGUCAAUCCCAUGCAGAGCAUCUGACUCAAAACCUCAUUGCAACAACUCUUUGGGUCAUAAUAUCAUAUAUACUUUACAGGAAAAGGAUAUUCUGGAAAAUCUGAUACAGGUGGUCAAGGUCUAGCAGGCCUAGAUUCUGAUGAGGCAAGUGGAUUAGCCUGAAAUAUGGUGGAUUAGCCUGAAAUAUUGCCACUCAGGCUGUAUUACUAAAAAGGGAUACUAGUUCAAGUUUACAGUGCCAUGGAAGUCAUCAUCAAGACUUUUAUGUGACUUAAGGGACAGUAUUUUCCUAUUUAACAAAAACUUACUAGUCCAUUACAGCUGUCUGUUUUCCAUCUUUUGUAAAUAUUUUACUGAUUUCCCUCUUUUCGUAUACCCUAACACUUGGGCAGUCUAAGACACCCUGAUGGUGUUUUUGAAAGGAACUGCAAGGGAUGGGGGUGGUGACUGCAAGGGGUUGCCAGAAAGGGCCUGUGCUAACAGUCCCUGCAUGUGACACAGAACCCCCUAACUCAGGUGCUCUGGGGUUUGUAUGUAUCCUUGGCACCUCUUGCAUGCCUGUCCCCUCUGGCUACUGGCACUCACUUAACUUGGCGAGUGGCUACCUGGGAAAGCUUGGGGGCACCUCUGUGUCACAGCCUGAUGGUGCUCUCAGCUGAUAAUGCUUCAUUGUAUUUUUCCCAUUUAUUCGGCCAAAUCCUUAGGUUUAGGAUCCUGCUGAAGCCUAAAAUCUCUUCUAUUGGCUUAUUAAUCAGCAGGCUGCUCCUACAAGUUUAGCAGCCCAUCUGUGCAUGUUCUGGGCCUUUGUGUAACACACCUCUUGCAUGGAUGAGGUGCAGGUUUCAUGUGCUACACUCCAGGAGUGCAGAAAGACCAUUUCCUACUGACUUUGCAUAAUCACUUGGAUAUUACCAAAUUUCAAUCAAAACAAUCCUCUUUCUACAUGAAUUUACUUAAGGACCGUGAAUCUGAAAACCAGCAAUACAGGUAGAAUUCUACUGACAAGGAAGACCUAACAGAUCAAUUCAAUGUAAGAUACAGUUUUGGAAAUUCAGGAAAUUCACCCAUGCUGUGAUUUCCAAACUAGUGCUAAUAAAAAACCUGAAAUAC